AUGAGGUCGAUUUCGAUUGGACUUUCUCUUAUCCUGAUUUUUUCUAUUUGUGUGAAUCUUUGUCAAGCUGAAACCACCACCAAGCGGCCAGUGCAAGCAAAGAAUAAAAUCACGCGUCGCUGUCAAAGACCUCAGAAUGGUCAACAUAUCUGUUUUUGUGGCAAAAACAAACAAAUAUACGAUCGCAUGAAAGGUGAAAAAUGUUUCAAUGGUACAGUGAUUUUCUCCAAACCUCAACCGAAAACACUUGGUCUCCGCUUGGCAUCAAAACCAAUUCAUCAGUCGACUCGCGACAACGACAAAGAACUUCGAUGCACUGGACUCAUCUUCAAGCCACCUACCGAUGAAGUUCAGAAAGCAUAUGUUCCACUUCGCAGCGUUUCUGUCGAAGCUACUAUUAAUGCAUUUGCAGCCGAUGUUACACUCACUCAAGUCUUCGUUAACCAAGAGGAAAAUCACAUUGAAGCCAUCUAUGUAUUUCCGAUCGAAGAAAAUGCUGCAGUCUACUCAUUCACAGCACAGAUUAACAAUAAAACGAUCACUGCUGUUCUGAAAGAAAAGGCCAAAGCUGAAAAAGAAUAUAACACAUCGGUUCAACAGGGCCAUACGUCAGAUGUAGAGGAUAGAAAGGCAGUUGAAGAGCGUAUCCUGCAAUUGUCACUGGAUCAUGGAAUACUGUCAGCAUACACCGCAUUUGUCGGUGUUGAAACAAGUACUCCAAAGGAUAGUAAUAUCAAAUCAGUUGUUCGUCAUAUCCCAAUUCAAAUCUCAAAAGGCGAUGAACAUCUGUUUCAGUCUUCAUUUUCAUCAAAUUUCAAUUUCAUGAACUACAUGCAGCCACAAAGUCUUGGUGUGGGACCGGGGCAGUACCCGAUAGCUAUGUCGUUUGCACCCGCGAUGUCUCAUAGACAUGGAGCGAUUUCUGGGAUGGGUCUCCCUGGUAUGAGAGGGCCACCUCCUCGACCUAGUGGAUUUGCAUACGCAUCAGCACCCAUGGGUGCUGCUGGUCUUGCUGCUGAUUAUGAUGGAGCUUUUGUCUCUACUACCACUCCUGGUGCCUCAUUAUCACACGAUCCUGUUCGCUGGUUAAUCCGCCAACAGUCAUUCAACGGUCUAUGGAAACUAUCUGAUUCGGACAUUCGAACACUGACCAGUGGAAAAGAAUUGAGUGCAUUCUCAUCAAGUGUCACUCAGAAUAGAGAUGCUUUGUCAACAGCGCUCGUUAUAGCUGUGCUGGAAUCCAAACAUGGUCAGGAGAGCAAUCUUUGGUCAGCGGUGGUGAGCAAAGGUCGCAAACAACUGCUGGCGCUUGGUUUGAACAGCAGUGAAGUGAAUUUACUCAUUGAAGAGAUGAAGAAAAAGCUGUAA